AUGGCUGCAAAUAACAGCGGCACUCCCCGUGUCACCUUCCUUGCACCUGAGAAACAUAAUGAAAAGGUGCCACCGAAGAAACUGGGCAAACUCACUGUUAAAUAUAAUCGCAAGGAAAUACAACGUCGGCUGAAACUAGAAGAGUGGAUAGACGCUCAAAUUCAACUAUUGUAUCAGAGCGAGGAUAAGUUGAAAAAUGAUGUUGCUGAACCUGAGAUUGAUAUUGAUGACUUUCUGGAUCUGUCAUACGAAGAGCAGAGAUCUAAGCUACAGGAACUCCUCAAAGACUGCACCAAACCUAUAGAAGGUUUUAUGGGAGAACUCCUGCAGCGUUUGAAAGGUUUGAAGAAGAUAUCAAUGCUGCAGCGUAAAUGAGAUACUGAAAUGACUCUUCCCUCCUGGGCAGAAUGUAUAAUGGAGCAACACAUGACAAUUCUCUUACAAACUCAAAAAACCUACUUACUCCUCAAAAAUGUCCGGUACAUAAACUGGGCGAGGCAACGUUUAACUGUUACAGGACUGUGUUCAUUUCAUUGUCUGAAUAUUCUUCACACACUUAAUUAACUAUUUAUGCCCCUACUGCCUUGCCCAUGUUGGAAAUUAAACCCCAAAAAGUAACAGUGAUAUCCUGCACCAUAAGAGUUUC